AUGGCCUCUUCGACGCCGAUGAAGGUGGUGGACAUCCACACCCACAUGUACCCCCCGUCGUACAUCAAGAUCCUCGAGUCUCGAACCACCAUUCCGGUCGUGCGCCGGUUCCCGCAGGACCCCGAUCCGCGCCUCAUCCUCCUCGCCUCGGAGCAGCAGGCCCUCGACGAGGCCACCAAGGACCCCGCCGCGAAGCCCCCGGGCCGGCCGCUGACCUCCCACUACGCCUCGCUCGAGCAGAAGGUGCACUUCAUGGACACGCACAAGAUCGACAUCUCCGUCGUCUCGCUCGCGAACCCCUGGCUCGACUUCAUCGACGCGUCCCAGUCGGGCGCCAUGGCGCGGGACGUCAACGAAGAGUUCGACCGCAUGUGCGCCGCGCACCCAGGCCGCCUGUUCUUCUUCGCCGCCCUGCCCCUGACCGCGCCGCUCGAGACCAUCCUCGAAGCCAUCACCCACGUCAAGGGGCUGAAGUACUGCCGCGGCAUCAUCCUCGGCACGUCCGGGCUCGGCAAGGGUCUCGACGACCCGGAGCUGCUGCCCAUCUUCAAGGCCAUCGCCGCCGCCGGCCUGACCGUGUUCCUGCACCCGCACUACGGCCUGCCGAACGACGUCUGGGGCCCGAGGGCGAGCAACGAGUACGGCCACGUGCUGCCCCUCGCGCUGGGUUUCCCCAUGGAGACCACCAUCGCGGUAGCCCGGAUGUACCUGGCGGGCGUCUUCGACGCGGUGCGCGACUUGCGCAUGUUGCUCGCCCACAGCGGCGGCACCCUGCCCUUCCUGGCCGGUAGGAUCGAGAGCUGCAUCUUGCACGACGGGCAGCUGGUGCGCGAGGGCAAGGUUGGCCAGGGUCGUCGGAAGAUCUGGGAUGUGCUCAAGGAGCAGAUCUACCUCGACGCCGUCAUCUACUCCGAGGUGGGACUGAAGGCGGCGAUUGACGCGAGCGGGGCCGACAGACUCAUGUUCGGUACGGAUCACCCCUUCUUCCCGCCGUUGACCACGGAUGAGCAGGGUGAGUGGGAGAGCGUGAGCAUGAACGCCGAUGCGGUGGCUGCUGCGGUGGGUGAGGGCAGCGAGCAGGCAAAGGCCAUCAUGGGCGGCAACGCAAUUGAGAUUUUGAGGUUGAAGGUCGAUUGA